AUGACUAAAAACCUUAUUAGCAAAUUUGAAAAUCUAUCUAAUGAACUUUUAUUUAAUAUAUUUGAAUAUUUAAAUGGUGAAAAGUUAUUUAAUGCUUUUCAUAAUCUUAAUUAUCGAAUUAAUAGGAUAUUGAAUGAUGAUCGUUUACUUAUGAAUAUUGUCUUUAAUCGAAUAUCGACGAUGGAAUCGGUAUGUAAUAUGAAUCAAAUUCAAUUUUUAAAUGUGGGAAGUUCAAAUUCAUAUUUUUCAUGGAUAGCCACAGAUUUACAGAAGUGUUCUAUUAUGCCACGUGCUUCUCGAUUAUCAAUUAAUAGUCCUUAUACACCUGAUUUAAUAGUUGGAUUAGUGUAUAUAAAAUCUCGAAUGCCAAAUCUUAUCCAUGUUACUGUUAAAAUAGAUGAAUUUCUGGCUCCAGCUGGUCAUCAUAUAGAAUUUCUUAUAGAAGGUCUGCUUGAUUUAUCUCAUAUUCGUAGAUUUUCGUUGAAAUUAACAUAUCAUACAAGUGAAAUUGUUUAUACUAAUUUCACAGGAAGAAAAAAAGCACCAUAUUUAGAACAUUUAUCAAUAAUUGGAUGCAAUAUUUCAUUACUAUCGAUUAUUGAUUUAAUUACAAAUUCACCUAAUUUAUAUUCACUUGAAAUGAAAAUUCAAAAACAUGUUCCAUGUCCAGAUUUUUCUGUUUUUCAACAAAUAACUAAAGCAACUCUUAAAUUUGUUGGAUUUAAUAAUGAUAAUUUUCAGGAUUUUUUUAGUUCUAUGACUCGUCUUAUUAGUCUUCGUCUUGAUGAUGAAACAUUGAUUUCAACAGCACGUCUCUAUGUAUCCAAUACAGUACAUAUAUCUAAAGCAUCAGUUGGAUAUUUCAAUUAUCGGUAG